GAGAUGGCGGAGGAGUUGGUACAGAGUGAGAAGCUGCUGUCCCUGGACCCGAAGCUGCAGGAGGAUUUCCAGCAGAAAGUGCAUGAUAUCAGGCGGAAACGCAAGGCCAAUGCCCUCACUCCAGGGGUGAUAUACAUUGGGCACAUUCCCAAGUCAUUGAUUGAGCCGCAGCUGCAGGAGUAUUUCAACCAGUUUGGCACAGUUACCCGGCUGAGGCUGUCCAGGAGUAAGAAGACAGGGAACAGCAAGGGAUACGCGUAUGUGGAGUACGAGUGUGAUGAAGUGGCUAAAAUCGUUGCCGAUACAAUGAAUAAUUAUCUGUUCUGUGAGAGACUGCUGAAAUGUGAAUUUGUGACCCCGGAGAAAGUCCACCCCCGGCUCUUUAUUGGCUGCAACACCAGGUUUCGUAAGCCAACAAAGCCAGCGGUAACGAGGUACAACAGUAAGCGCAACAAGGAGGAAGUAAAGAAGAUGACCCAGCGAAUGAUCUCGAAGGAGUAUAAAUUGAGGAAACGACUGGCAGAGAAGGGGAUCGACUACGACUUCCCAGGAUUUGCGGCACAUAGAGAGAUGAGAAAAGAGCUGACAUGUGAUGCCAACACGUCUGUGAGUAGUCAGGAUCCCACCCCCGUCUGUACCCCAACAGUGCUGGAGAGGAGAAAAUCUGUCCGACUGGAGCAAAUUGAAGAUGAGGAGGAGGAUGAUGAUGAGGUUGUACUGAAAUUGCCCCAGAGAGAUGACGAGGUUGUGGUGAAGCUGCCACAGAAAGUCUCAUCAGCUGCAAAGAGGCAGAAAAUCUCCAAAUUGGGGAAGAAAACAAAUAUAAAGGAGCUGAAAUGAUAAACUGUGUAAAUUCCCCAUCCCCAUGUAUCAUAAUGCAAGGACACCACAACAAUGUGUCACAUGUGCACUUGUUCCUCCCGUCUCUUUGGCUCCUCCUACAAGUGGUGUCAUUCUCCAGUGGACUGAAAUUCUGGGGUUAUGGUAGUCCAUAGCCUGUAGUAUUUUCCCUUCUGGAGGCUGCAGCACAGUAUAUUGCCCUCUAUUGGAAACCUGUAUAAUACCUUGUAUUUCCAUUCUGUGGCCCCCAACAGCUUGGCAGUAAGUAGACUGCUCCUUGUUUGCUCCCUCACAGACAUAGGUGGAAUCAUUAGUGAGGGGCGUAGUUGUAUGUGCCAAUUGUUUUAUAAAGACAGUGUCUCAGGCCUGUAGUGCUAAUUGUGCAGUCAGAUUUACCAACUUAAUAAAUACCUGUUCGCACAUUGUGUGUUUUUGGCUGAUGCACUAUACAUUUAAAAUAUGUUUUGGAAUUGAAUUCUACUAAAAACUGCAUGUUCAAGCAUUUUGAGCAACAAUAAUAAAACGUUCCAAAAACA